AUGAUGGACGGAAGCUCAGCAUGUUUACACCCGAAACGAGGGAGCAAGUCCCGUGGACUACGUCAACAUGAAUAUCGUAUGAAAUCUAAAUGGCUGCAGUACAACGAGAUUCAUCCGUCCUCAUCAGAUGAGAUUGACCAACCAAUCUCUUCUUCAUGCACUUUCAUACGAAAUGACGGUCCCCCUAACAUUGAUGAUGUCUGUCACGGGGGUACAGUUGAAAGCUUAGCACAGUUUUGUCGGGAUCGCAGGGCGGCGAGGCGAGGAUUUCUUCGUACAAUUCAACAGUCGUUCUUACACGACGAUACUCCUACGGUUUGCAGUGAGACUACAUCACGAAUUCUUUCCAACCAACUUUCCCUUCGAAAUGGCGAGUCAUGCCACAAUACUCUUUGA